ACCCAACGCCGAGUUCGUUUCGCCGAUGAUGAUGUGAGCAAGUCCACUCUAGCUGGAAGGAAGCGACGUCAAGCGGGCGAGAACGCCUCAAUGACUUACCUAGUAGAGGCUGCAGAGGAUGAAAUUAUUGAUUUGGCGGAACCUGAUGCUCUGGCACGUCAUCUCACUGUCGCGCCGUCGGCGAGUCUGGCCAAGAACGCUCUCAGACAGCAAGAUACACUGGAGUUGACCAACAAGCGUGCUCGUGUCACGCCACGUUCUGCUACUGUGCUCUUUCCUAAGACUCCUGAUGGAAAAGUCAUCAUCACUGACACUCCUAAUGAUAACUGGAUGCUUCAAGCCGAUGACGAACAAGGAGAAGACGACAAAGUCUAUUCUAAGUACAGGGCCGCCUCAAUUGCUCGUGCGGCAGCAGAGGCUGCAGAAAAACCCCGAUCCACUCCUCGUAUUCCUGGUUCUGAAUACCGUUCAACGCGCGCCGGUGGUGAUAUGAGCAGACGUGGUCGUCCAGCGCCUUUCGCUUACGCCCCUCUUGGAGCCGGCUUGCCCAAUCCCAAGGUGGGUAAAGGCAAGACUGGUGCAGCCACCACAGCAGAACGAAUGGCCCUCCUUCGCAGUAUGGGAGCCGGAAGACAAAAGAAAAGGACGCACCAGAAGGCUGGGGGUAGGUCAGCGGGCGUUGGAGCCAAGAAAACUGCCCCCUUCUUGAAACGUCAUCAGAAGGUGAAGAAUCGCAGAAAGAAGUGA